CCGCGCUGGGGACUGACGUAGGUGGCGCGCGUCGCUUCGGCGGUGGCUGGCGGGGUGCGGGAGCCAUGGAGCGGUACUCCGGCGCCUUGGAGGAGGCGGUGGACGGAGCCCGGCAGCAGGAGCGGCACUACCAGUUGCUGUCGGCGCUGCAGGGCCUGGUCAAGGAGCUGCCCAGCUCCUUCCAGCAGCGCCUGUCCUACACCACGCUCAGUGACCUGGCCCUGGCGCUCCUCGACGGCACCGUCUUCGAGAUCGUGCAGGGGCUGCUGGACAUCCAGCACCUCACCGAGAAGAGCCUGUACAACCAGCGCCUGCGGCUGCAGAACGAGCACCGAGUGCUCAGGCAGGCGCUGCGGCAGAAACACCAGGAAGCCCAGCAGGCCUGCCGGCCCCACAACCUGCCUGUGCUCCAGGCGGCCCAGCAGCGCGAGCUAGAGGCGGCGGAGCACCGGAUCCGUGAGGAGCAGCGGGCGAUGGACCAGAAGAUUGUCCUGGAGCUGGACCGGAAGGUGGCGGACCAGCAGAGCACACUGGAGAAGGCAGGGGUCGCCGGCUUCUAUGUGACCACCAACCCACAGGAGCUGACGCUACAGAUGAACCUAUUGGAACUCAUCCGGAAGCUGCAGCAGAGGGGCUGCCAGGUGGGGAAGGCAGCACUAUGACCAGGCAGGGUUCCUGCCAGUGACCCGCCGCUGCCCAUCUUGGCUGGGAAGACAUCCCUGUCCCACGGUCACCAAAGGCAGCAGAAAGCUGAGUGGUGCUCAUCUUCCUGAAGUCUGGCCACCACCCUCCCAGCUGCUUGCAGGAGGGGCACCCCAUGAGGAGAAGCUAGGUGGACCUGGGCUGCGUCUGCCACCCACCUUCACCUGGGCUUUUUUGUCCAAAGCUAGGGUGGGAAGGUAAAGGGAAGAGUGGGCCCAGCCUUCCGGCUGUCUGCCCCAGGUUUCUGAUGUGUUCUGCUCUCGGCCCCUCCCUUGGCAGGUGCAGCCCCCUAGUAGGAAAGGCUCAUGAGCUGCAUGUGACCCCGAGAAAUAAAGACGCCUCAGCAUGGCCUGCACGUGGCUUGCAGUGACGGCUCUGUGGUGCCUGUCGUGACCAGGGCCUAGCUAGGGCCCUCGCCUGGGGGCUCCGUGGCCUACAGAGGAAUUAGCAGAAGAUGCCCCCACCCCCAUGUCACAGAGGCCCCUCCCUGGGGCAAGUCCCAGGGCACUAGGGCCGCAGCCAGAGCCUGGUGUGGGUCACUGGGGUGAAGGGCACAGAGCAGCAGGAAGGGUCUGAGGGAGGAAGAGACUGAGGAUGUGGAAGCACCAAGCCCACUCUGGGGAGUGUGCUGUCUGCAUUGGUCUGAGCCCCAGCUGUGGGGUUGGAGGUGAGGGUAUCCAGUGCCCUGCGUGGCCGGGUCUGCAAUACGGCUUGAAGGCAGGUGUUGGUGGGUCCACCCUGCCCAAGGUGUGCCGGGGGUGUGUGACACAGGAGAGGCCGAGCGUGAGGCUUCUCGGGCCGUCGGAGCCACUCUCUCUGCCACUGACUGCACGUGAGGGCUCUGCAGGGAAGAGCAUCGUGGGCCCGGAGUCAAGGGCUCUUAGCCGCAGAAAUAGUGGUUUAUUGACAGGCCAGCUUCCCCAGCCAGCCACUGCCCACCUGUGGGGCUCAGGGCCCAUGGGUUGGGCCCUGCAGAAGGUGGUUCUUCAGGCCCAAGGUCGUGGCGGUGGGCAGAGAUGCAGCCAUGCUUGCUCACUGGAGGGCGGUUUCUGACAGUUCCCAGCAGCUCUGGCAGGUAACGGACAUAGCCCGCACCUGGGUGCCCACGGGCAGGGGCCAGUGGGGUCUCACAGUUUGGGAUGUAAAAGGUGUUGUGUGUGAGGUUGAGGUCAGGCUGUAGCCCUGGGUGGUCACAGCCCAGGUGAGGAUGCGUUGGGACACGGCCACAGCACUAGGCCGGGCGGUGGAAGAGGCUGCCCGUGCAGAGCCUCCGCUUGAGCUCCUGCCAAAGCAGCUGCCACUCCCUCUGGGCGCCCUUCAUGACUCCGCUGUUCUCCAGGGCUCGGCGGGACAGGUAGGGCAGCACCUCCAUCACAGGGCCGUAAGGCACGUACUUGUACACAGGGAAGCCUGCCUGGCCUGCACACAGGGGUGGAGGCGGUGAGUCCCAGCGCCUCCGCCCCUGCCCCCCGCCCCCCACCAGAAGCCCAGCUCACCUAGCGGGAAGCUUAUCUGGUCGCACAUACCCAGAAGCUGUCCAAAGUACACCUGGCAGUCGGUGGGGUGCAGGCCCAGCUCCUCCAUCCUGUGAACAGGCAGGGCGGUGGGUAAGACCCUCCCUCUCCCCCCAGAUCCCCCACCCACAGGGUAGGGCGUGGGCAUAGGCUCUCCUGCAGAGACCAGGCCUCUUCCCUACUGCUGCUGCCUCAGCCCAAGGCCACCAAGUGCCCCGCUUCCCCAGCCAGCCUCCCUCUUGCUGUGCUUGCUCCCCGAUGGCCCCUUCCCUGCUGCCCACUAUGACCCAGCAAGGCAGACUCACCCAGUGGCCAGCCCUUGGUGUGCCCUGGGAAGCUCUCAGCCCUCUCACCAUCCCCUUCUCAAACCCCUCAGAGUUCCGUUGCCUCUGUGUUCCCAGCCCUGUGACCCCACCUCCAGCUUCUCUUCCUCCCCUUGCUGGCUGCCCUGUCCGUAAGGCAGUCACUAGCUACUGGUGGCAACUGAGCCUCUGGAAGGCGGGUGGUCUGAAUUGAGGUACACUGCAAGUGUCAAACACACGUGGGCUUUUGAAGACAGUGUGAAAACUGAAUGCAGAGUAUGUCACUGUUUUUCUGAAAACGUGUUUAAAUGGUACUAUUUUGGAUAUGUGGGGUUAAUUAAAAUGUAUAUCAAAAUUAA